CACGAAUAUAAACUAUACCCAGAGUUCAUUUUGCAUGCAAAUCCGCCUAGUACAAGCAGCCCAGGUGAAAAGAAAGACGAACCCGAUAAUCAUAGCACAAUAGCUGAUGCAAACGCUACCGUUUUAGCUAAUCAGAGCACUAAUUUUCCAGCUAAACCUGAAAAUUCCAACAAGGUAAGAUUUAAGAAGGGGAAGGGGAAUGAGAGUUUGGUUGAAUCAUUGAAGAUUUGCGAUUUGUUUGAUGGAAACUGGGUGAAGGAUAGCUCGUAUCCGCUUUAUGAACCUGGGUCAUGUUCCUUUGUCGAUCACCAGUUUAGUUGUUUCGCCCAUGGAAGGCGUGACAGAGGUUAUCUCAAAUGGAAAUGGAAGCCUAAAGUCUGCACUUUGCCAAGGUUGAAUGGCGGGCACAUGUUGGAGAUAUUGAGGGGGAAACGACUGGUAUUUGUGGGGGAUUCCUUGAACAGAAAUAUGUGGGAAUCUCUACUUUGCAUCUUGAAAAGUGCUGCAAAAAAUCCAAAAACUGUUCAUGAAGUUCCCGGAGGGCGUUAUUUUCGAGGAGAACCUUCCUCUAGUAUCAUUUUCAAUGAUUAUAAUUGUUCCGUCGAGUUUUUCGUAUCUCCGUUCUUGGUCCGACAAUGGCAAAUGCCGGACAGAAACGGGACAAAGAAAAAUACACUUCGGCUCGAUCUUAUCGGAAGAUCAUCGGAGAUAUAUAAAUCCGCGGAUAUCCUGGUAUUCAACACCGGGCAUUGGUGGAAUCAUGAGAAAACAUCCAAAGGGGAAGAUUAUUACCAAGAAGGUGAUCAUGUUUACGAGGAAUUGAACGUUGUCGAGGCGUUUCGAAGAGCACUGACAACGUGGUCUAAAUGGGUGGAUGACAAUGUAAAUCCUUCCAAGACUAUGGUGUUCUUUAGGGGUUACUCUGCUACUCAUUUCAGUGGUGGGCAAUGGAAUUCCGGUGGUGUGUGCGAUUCCGAGAUGGAGCCAAUAAGGAACGAGACGUUGCUAAGGCCGUACAUGCCUAUGAUGGCGGUGUUAGAAUCGGUGCUGGAGGGGAUGAAAACACAUGUCACCUACUUAAACAUUACUAGAUUGACGGAUUUUCGAAAGGACGGUCACCCAUCGAUCUAUAGGAGAUACCAUAAGCAUGGUAUUACGGAGAAGGAAAGAACGGAGAGUGUAAAGUACCAGGAUUGCAGCCAUUGGUGCCUUCCUGGUGUGCCGGAUACAUGGAAUGAGCUCCUUUAUUCUGAGCUCCUUGUUAAAGAAUAUAAGAUGAGGCAACAUCAACACAAGUUUAGGUAAAUACAUCAUUCAAAUUUAGAUUUGGAAUGAAAACAUUACAUGAAAUUGAGUAUUCUGAUCUAUUUAUUUUGUCACUACAUAUAAAUCAUGAUAUUCGGAUAUGGAGAAUUAACUAUUUUUUUAAGUACUGAUAUUGUAUUGAUUUAACUUGACAACUUAGUACUGUCAAUUAAAUCAUGUCAGUAUUUCAUGUAAUAGUUUUGAUCAUUGGGUUUGUUUGUACAAUGAGAAUCACCU